UUAAAAAAGCAGGAAUGGUUUCAGCUUAGGUUAUGAUUUUUUGUUUAUUGAAUGCAUUGUUUUUCAAUAUAGCGAUCAAUUGAGGAUUUUAUUCAAGAUCAUUGUGCAAUUUAUGUGAAAUACAGCCAUGGCGUAUCAUUAUGUUGUUACUGCACAGAAACCAACGGCUGUCACAGCAUGUGUUACCGGCAACUUUACAUCACCCACGGACCUCAACCUCCUGGUGGCCAAAGUGUCACGUCUAGAGAUGUACCUGGUUACCCCUGAAGGCUUGCGGCCUAUGAAAGAAAUUGGAUUAUAUGGCAGAGUAGCUAAAAUGAAACUGUUCAGACCUCCAUAUGAAGACAAAGACUUGGUAUUCAUCCUAACGGCUCGCUACAAUGCUAUGAUACUAGAAUGGAGAACUAGCAGCAGCGGUGAACUGGAGGUGGUGACACGAGCACAUGGCAAUGUAGCAGAUCGUAUUGGCAAACCCUCAGAGAAUGGCAUAUUAGUUGUCAUUGAUCCACAGGCCAGAGUGAUAGGUCUGAGAUUGUAUGAUGGACUCUUUAAAAUCAUACCACUGGAUAAAGACUCCACAGAAUUGAAAGCUUUUACUUUAAGGUUGGAAGAAUUAAAUGUAUAUGAUAUAGAGUUUCUGCAUGGAUGCUCGAAUCCCACUUUAAUAUUAAUACAUCAAGAUUUAAAUGGAAGACAUAUUAAGACACAUGAAAUUGGUUUACGAGAUAAACAAUUCACUAAACCUCUAUGGCGACAGGACAACGUGGAAACUGAAGCUUCUAUUCUGAUACCUGUGCCAAGUCCCCUAGGUGGUGCCAUAGUGAUUGGUCAAGAGUCUAUUGUGUACCACGAUGGUCAGAGUUAUGUAGCUGUCGCGCCACCACAGAUAAAGUUGACACCAAUAAAUUGUUACUGCCGUGUUGACACGCGCGGACUGCGGUACCUAUUGGGCGAUAUAGCGGGCCGCCUGUUCAUGUUGCUACUAGAGCUGCAGGAGAAAAUAGAUGGCGUUCAAGCCGUCAAGGAUCUCAAAGUGGAAUUGUUGGGCGAGAUCCCGAUCCCGGAGUGCAUGACGUACCUGGACAACGGCGUGGUGUUCGUGGGCUCGCGGCUGGGAGACUCGGCGCUGGUGCGGCUGUCGGCGGCGCGGGACGACGCCGCGCGGUACGUGCAGCCCAUGGAGACCUUCACCAGCCUCGCGCCCAUCGUCGACAUGUGCGUCGUCGACCUCGAGCGCCAGGGGCAGAAUCAGCUCAUCACCUGCUCCGGUACGUAUAAAAUGGGCUCGCUCCGAAUAAUACGCAACGGAAUCGGCAUUCAGGAGCAAGCGUCAAUCGACCUGCCCGGCAUUAAGGGCAUGUGGCCGCUCACACUGGCGCCAGGUUCCGCUCAUCACGACACGCUCGUACUCUCCUUCGUCGGUCAGACCAGAGUGCUGACUUUGAAUGGCGAGGAGGUGGAAGAGACAGAAAUCAAGGGUUUCGUAUCAGAUCGACAAACUUUCUUCACGGGGAAUGUAUGUCACAACCAGUUGAUACAAGUAACAGACGAGGGUAUACGACUGAUCGCGCGCGGACCGGACGGAUGGGCGCUAGCGGCGCAGUGGAGAGUGGGCGGCGCGCGCGGCGUGUCGGUAGUGGCGUGCAGCGACACGCGCGCCGUGUGCGCCGCCGGCCCGCGCCUGCACCUGCUCGCCGUGCGCGACGCCGCGCUCGACCUGCUCGCUGAAGUUUGCAUGGAUGAAGAAGUGGCCUGCUUAGAUCUCGGUCCUGGUGGUGAUGAUGCACUACUCGGUGUCGGAUUAUGGACUGAUAUAUCCAUCAGGGUGCUCAAACUACCAGAUCUACGACCACUACAUAUCGAGAAAUUAUCUGGUGAAAUAAUACCCCGGUCACUGCUGAUUUGCGUACUUGAGGGCAUCUGCUACCUGCUGUGCGCACUAGGCGAUGGUUCUAUGUUCUACUUCACAAUGGAUCCUGUCACCGGUGUACUCUCCAGCCGCAAACGGGUCACUCUUGGCACACAGCCUACCGUACUACGCAGCUUCCGAUCGCUGUCCACCACUAACAUAUUCGCGUGCUCGGACCGGCCUACAGUGAUAUUCUCAUCGAACCACAAAUUGGUGUUUUCCAAUGUCAACCUCAAGGAAGUGACGCAUAUGUGCUCACUGAACGCGCUCGCGUACCCAGACAGUUUGGCGUUGGCAACAGACAGUACGGUGACCAUCGGCACCAUAGACGAGAUACAGAAGUUGCACAUCCGUACCGUGCCGCUAGGAGAGACGCCUCGGAGAAUCGCCUAUCAGGAGGCCUCACAGACGUUCGGCCUGCUGACGAUGCGCGUGGACAAGGCGGAGUGGGGCGGCGCGGAGGGCGAGGGCGGCGCGGGGGCGGGCGCGGCGGGGGCGGCGGCGGGGGCGGCGGGGGCGGGGGCGGCGCGGGGCAGCGCGUCGACGGCGGCGGCGGCCACGUCGGGCGCGGCGCCGCAGCCCGCCAAGCACGCGCCGCACGCGCUCGACGUCGAGCUCCACAACCUGCUCGUCAUCGACCAGCACACCUUCGAAGUUCUCCACGCGCAUCAACUCAUGUCAUACGAGUUCGCCUUGUCUCUGGUCUCGUGUCGGCUGGGGGACGACCCCAACCACUACUACGCGGUCGGCACCGCCUUAAUCAAUCCCGAAGAAUCAGAACCUAAACAAGGCAGACUCCUGCUAUUCCACUGGUCGGAGGGCAAACUGGUACAAGUGGCAGAGAAGGAAAUCAAGGGCGCGUGCUACUCGCUAGUUGAAUUUAACGGGAAAUUAUUAGCAUCUAUAAACAGUACGGUGCGGCUAUUCGAAUGGACAUCAGACAAGGAAUUGCGACUGGAAUGCAGUCAUUUCAACAACAUAGUGGCAUUAUUCCUGAAGGUCAAAGGAGAUUUCAUACUCGUAGGCGACCUGAUGCGCUCAAUGUCCUUAUUACAAUACAAACAAAUGGAGGGCAGCUUCGAAGAGAUCGCUCGAGACUACACGCCCAACUGGAUGACCGCCGUUGAGAUUCUGGACGAUGACACCUUCCUCGGCGCAGAGAAUAGUUUCAACAUAUUCGUCUGUCAGAAAGACAGUGCGGCGACGACGGACGAGGAGCGGCAACAGAUGAGCUACCUGGGGCAGUUCAACGUCGGCGACAUGGUCAACGUGAUGCGGCUCGGCUCACUGGUGGGGCAACACGCAGACACCGCCGCGCCCGUCACCAACCCCGUGCUGCUGGCCACCGUCACCGGCGCCAUCUGUCUAGUUGUUCAAUUAUCACAAGAACUAUACGAAUUCCUACACAAACUAGAAGAAAGAUUGACCCACACGAUAAAAUCAGUCGGCAAGAUCACCCACGUGUUUUGGAGAUCGUUCAAUACAGAUAUAAAGACAGAGCCGGCGGAAGGGUUCAUAGAUGGAGACCUUAUAGAGAGCUUCCUAGAUCUGUCCAGGGAGAAACAGCUAGAAACAGUUAAAGGUUUGCAGAUCGACGAUGGUGGCGGCAUGAAGCGAGACGCGACAGUUGACGACCUUAUCAAGAUAGUAGAAGAUCUUACUAGAAUACAUUAGACCGUUAUAGUAAUUCAGUUGAUUUAAUAAAUACUUUAUGUAAUACA